AUGCAGAAGGACUCAGCCCGGGUCACAAAGGGGCUCCCCUCGGGAGGGUGCGGGUGGGUGAGAGUGAGGGCUUGGAUGGGGCUGCCAGGCCAUCCUGGGCACUGCAGGAAACAACAUGACUUAGGUGACUGCCCGGGGGUCCCAGGCAUCUCCAGGGCUGCUCCUGCAGCUGGCCUGGCCCUCUCCCCAGGUGCACCAGCCGUGAUGCAGCAGCCGCGAGCGGAGACAGAUACCAUCGGGGCCGGCGAGGGGCCACAGCGGGAGGCGCCCUGGUCAGCCUGGGUCACGCGGCAGGGCUGGGUGCGCUGGUGGGCGUGCCAUGUGCCCCCAAGCUGGGUCCAGUGGUGGAGCACCUCGGGCUGGCGGCAGCCCCUGCAGCGUCUGCUGUGGGGUCUGGAGGGGAUACUCUACCUGCUGCUGGCACUGAUGCUGUGCCACGCGCUCUUCACCACCGGCUCCCACCUGCUGAGCUCCUUGUGGUCCGUCGUGGCCGCAGCGUGGCGCCACCUGCUGCCGGCUGUCCUGCUGCUGGUGCUCAGCACUCUGCCUGCCCUCCUCUUCACAGCCUCCUUCCUGCUGCUUUUCUCCACACUGCUGAGUCUCGUGGGCCUCCUCACCUCCAUGACUCACCAAGGCUAUGCUCAGGACUUGGACCAAUAGAAGGGCAACCCCA